GGAAGUAGUUGGGCGGGAAAACAGUGCACUGGUUAUUGUUGUAGCUGUUUGAUCGCUGCGGCUGCACUCAUGUAGUUACUGUUUUACGGAACAAGCUGCUAUCGUCUCAGCUCUCAAUACGGUGGUUUCUUAUUGCUACACGCUGAGGCUUGGAUUCCCUACAAUAAAGAGCUGACAGUGCAAGAUCGUCUGUACACUGGGAGCUGCAGCAGCAGAUACAUUUGAGUUUGUUUAGUUUGGCGGAAAAUCGAAUUUAUUUCAAGUGGGACAAAGACAUAUUAUUGAGAAUGCCACGUUGUUUUGUAAUUGGUUGCCCUACAAAACAAAUGAAGGGGAAAAAAACAGGAGAUAUCUCUCUGCAUUGCUUUCCGAUAUCACCUAUCAGAAUAAGGGCAUGGAUACAGAGCACUGGACAAGCUGUGGAGGACAUGGAUCUUCUGGUUGAAAAAGUAAUCGAAACAAAGAAAAACUCUAUAUUCCGAAUGUGCUCAAAGCAUUUCAGGGAAAAGGAUUAUGAAAUGAUUGGUGUACGCAAAUGCCUAAAAAAAGACGCAGUACCAUCCCGGUUUGACCGUCCCUCAACAAAUCCAGACAUUUUAAAUAUAAAUGAACCACAAUCUACAGAAAGCAUUCAACCUCCACCCAAAAAGAAAAGGGAAUAUUCAUUCAAAACUAGACACACUUCUACACAUGGACUAAUAAAAUCAAGGUCUAUAGGAACCUGGACCGGUCUUCUGUCAGAAGUUUUUGAAGAGUUGUCUGUGGAAUUACAGACAAUGAGGAAUUAUAACACUACAGCACAGGAAAAAACAUGCAAUGUAAUAAAUAGUUCUUUGAAAGUUCCAGACAUCCAACCAACCUGUACAAGUGCACCGCGAACAAGCAAACCUCGAACAUCAUCAGUCCCUAGCCCCAUUACAAGGUCUCAGUGUUACACAACGUCACUGACCAUGAACAAGAUGAAGAAAAAGCUGCCUGAGCAGAUACUGAAUCACAUCCUGGAGAUUCUCUACCUGUUGACGGGAGAGCGUGUGACUAACUUACUGACAGUGAGUCACAUGACCGGGGACAAGAUGACAACAGAGAAGAUACUGACCCACACCCUGCAGAUCAUGUACCUGCUGACAGGGGAGGAGGAGUGGGAGUAUAUAGAGGGACUCAAGGAGCUUUACAAGGACGUCAUGAUGGAGACUCACCAAGCACUAAGGACUAUGGAGAUACCAGAAAAUGAGAGCUCAGGUGACAGUGAUGACAAUCUAGACACAGGAGCUGCAGAACUUGUCCAGAAUAUUCAGCCAGAGGAGGCCCCAUCAGACGUCUCAGAUGAAGGUUACACUGAUAUAGUGAAAGUUGAGAUAACAGAAGAUCUGUGUGUGACACGUCAGCUUGGAACCCCGAAUGAGGAAACCAAUGACAGUAUCAGCUCAGGUGAUGUUAAGACUGAAGUCACACUUAACACUGAACAAACAAAUGAUCUGUAUGUAAAGCGGCAGCUAAAAGCUGUGAAGCAGGAAAACAGCGGCAAUAUUCGUACAGGUGAUGUUAAAACUGAAGUCACACUUAAUGCUGAACAUACAAAUGAUCUGUAUGUAAAAAGUCAAAUGGAAGAUGUGACGCAGGAAAUCAGCGACAAUAUCAGUACAUGGCGUAUGGAUGUGACGCCCUCAGAUGGUUCAGCGGUUGAGCUCAGAGGAGAACAGUAUGUGUGUGAUCAGGUGAAGACUGAGGAAGAUGAAGUUCCUAUAAAUACGGCUACAGGUGAAUUUACAAACUACAGUAAUCCUAGUCAUGGUCAGACUACAGAUACUUCUUUCAAUCUUCUUCAAUAUCAAAAAAGCCACGUGGGAAAUUUGUUCUAAACAUGGGAAUUGUUUUACUUGGAAAUCGCAUCUUAUUAAGCAUCUGAAAAUUUUAACAGGAGACAAACCAUUUUCAUGUUCUGACUGUGGGAAAUGUUUUACUCAAGUCUUAUUCAUCAUCAGAAAAUUCAUAUAAAAGGAAAUCAGAGCUUAACCUCUUAAGUGCAGAGAGCAACACUUAGUUGUCAUCUUUACAAUACCUAGAGGGCUCAUGAUGACUUCAUGUCGUCCUCUGGGGGCUGCAGUUUUAGAAUUGUUUAAGGCCUCGUCUGCACCUCAAGCUGUUACCCAGUUUGUUUGUCAUUCCUAGGGGAUGUGUGGUGCCCAUAUAGGUUAGAAUAGCCAACUAAUCGCCUAACAUCACAAAAUGUGUGUUUAUUUGAGUAGAGUUUUUUAUGAGGGAGCCCCUAUAUACAGAUUAAAGUUAUAUAAAUAAACCCAAAGGCUCUUAUUUAUAUGCUGAUAAAACCCUUUUUUAAAUGUAGAUAUUGAGGGCAUAAGUGCAAGAGGCCUCCAAAAGCUCUUGUCUGUAUUAGGAUAGUCCCCCAGCUGCUUAACAUACAUUGUGGUGAAAUAUAACCAAAAAAUUUUUUUCAAUAGCUAAUUUCUAUAAAAAACAUCAACUUAUUCUCAAUUUUAUUUUAGAAAGGCUACGUAGUAUAAUUAUAGAACCACAAAACAUUUGUACAAAACCUUACACUGUUUACAACCUUGUUUGUAAAAUUGUAAUAAAAAUAUUUUUUAACA